AUGCAGCCACCGUGUGUGUGUGUGCUGAUCUUCGCACUGGCUCUGGCAGCCUGCUCUGAAGCUUCUUGGAAGCCCCAGUCGCGGCUGCCAGACGAACCCUCAGCCAACAGGGACCCAGAGCCGCACUGGCUGGACCAGCUGGCCCCAGCCUCUCACCACCGAAGGCAGCUGAGGCCCCAGGGUCCCCCGCACCUCGUGGCAGACCUGUCCAAGAAGCAGGGGCCGUGGCUGGAGGAGGAAGAAGCUGCCUACGGAUGGAUGGACUUUGGCCGCCGCAGUGCUGAGGAGGGGGACCAGCAUCCCUAG